AUGAGCCACGAGCCUCUACAUGGAUCAUGCUCAUGUGGUCGCAAUGAGUACCAGAUCACGAUCCCUGAUGACGUGACAGAGCAUGCACAGGUUUAUUUUGAUAGCAGCAGAGACAAUCGUAUGAAUUCCAAGUUCCAUACUCGACUUUCCCCCACGGCUUAUACUUCUUUAGGUCGAUUACACGGUACACCGUUGACAGCUUGGCUGCGUGUCCCACUCGACUGGUAUCAAUCACACACCACAUCAUUCUAUCCUGAUGAGACUCACGACUCCAUCCGUCGUAUUUUCACACCACACCAUGCUCCCCAGACUCGACGUAUCUUCUGUGGCUUCUGCGGUACGCCUUUGAGCUUUUGGUCUGAAGAACCUGCCGAUGAAUCAGAAUUCAUGUCAAUUGCUAUUGGAAGUUUGUUUGGAGAAGAUCAGCGUGUCUUGGAAGAUCUUGAUUUGCUACCGGAGGAUCUUGAUGAAGAUGCACAACAUGCCGAUAUCUCGACCCCCGCCACCGUUGCACCACUUCACAGAGAUGCUUCUGUUGUUGUACCCUCCUUUCAAAACUCACCAGUUAUAUCUCAAGGUUUUCGACAUGGCAAGCUAGACGGUAUUCCUUGGUUUGAAGAGAUGGUAGAAGGAAGUCGUCUGGGUCGGUUGAUGCGGGCGAAGCGUGGUAAGGGAAUGAGUGAUGACAACUCCACGUCAUUUGAAUGGGAGAUUAGCGAAUGGCAGAGCGAUGAUAUCCAUGGGAUUGAGCAAGAAGACUCUGAUUCAAGCCACAAAGCCACCGGGAAAAGAAAACGGGGUGACCAGGGGAAUGUUCAGCAUUGA